AUGUACUCGGACUCGGAACCUAAGUUUCAAUACCUGGUCGAGAUCACAGUUGGUCUGAUUUUCUUGGGCUGCCCGUUCAAAGGGUCCAAGAUCCAGGAGAUGGCUUCUGUGGUGACCAGCUUCCUGCAGGUGGCUGGAGCUGACAGCGGAAUCAUCAGAGAUCUCCGCUAUGGAGAUCCUGUUCUGUUGGAUAAGAUUGAUGUGUUCCAGCGCAUACUGGAGAGAAACACGAUUCCAGUCCGUGCCUUCAUUGAGCGUAAAGAGACGGACUACGGGAAGAAGAUAGGACUGACGGGCAUUUGGAAGGAAUUGGUCGUGGAUGAAGAGUCCGCCGGAGCCUUAGGGCCACACAAAUUCCAUCUGAACACGGAUCAUUUCAAAAUCAACAAGUUCUCCGGGCCUCAGGACAGAUCUUUUCUCACGGUCUCCUCUCAGAUGAAUGAGAUGUUCACGAAUUGGAAGCCGCUGAUCGAAAGUCGGAAGGCAGGAUCAAAUCGUCCUGGCGCACAGAGAAAAGUGAUGGAAACCAAGGAGCGACACGAGAAGAUCGUGCAAUUCCUGGCCAAGUUCGAUUUCUCAGCACGAUUCCGCGAUGUGUUCUCCGUUCGACACAAAUCGACAGGUCAAUGGUUUUUGGAAGCUGAGAAGUUCAAGACCUGGGUGGAAGGCAAAGGAAAGCGCCUUUGGUGUUCUGGAAUUCCAGGAGCAGGCAAAACGGUCCUGCUCGCAAUUGCAAUCAAUCACCUCCAGGAACGGUUCUUCAAACCCGAUGAGGUGGUUCUUUUCGCGUUCUGUGACCACAGAGACCGAGAGAACCAAAGUGCUGAAAAUAUCAUGCUUUCGCUCUGGAGGCAGCUGAUGCAAAAGCGUGUGCUUGGUGAGCUCGAGUGCGAGUAUCUCGAAACUACCUAUUCGAAAAGAGGGGUUUACCCUACGACCGACGCGUUGGUCAAGUUGCUAUCUGAUGAACUCAGCAAGUAUUCACGUGUCUUUGUCCUUCUGGAUGCCCUCGAUGAGCUCCGUACCGAAAGCCGUGACUCGCUACAGUAUCUUCUUCGACAAUUACCAACGAAUGUCAACUUGCUCGUCACGUCGCGGGUACCGAAAGAAACCUCCUUGGAGUUCCGAAAUGUCCCUCAGCUUGAAAUCCGCGCAAGAGAUCAAGAUAUCAAGGACUAUAUCAACGGUCGUCUACAGUCUGUGUCGAAAUUGCGCUCUCAGGUGGAGCAUAACUCUAAGCUCAGAGAAGAGAUCAGGAACACCAUCACGAAGAAAGCCGACGGAAUGUUCCUGCUUGUCACACUCCAUCUGAAUUCUUUGGCAUCCAAGUUUACAGCCAAGGAAAUCAGAGCCGAUUUGAAGAACUUGCCAGAAGGAGAACAUGCCAUCUCUGAUACGUACGUUGCGGCUUUUUCCCGCAUUGGAGAUCAAUCACGCGAAGAUCGCGAACUUGGAGAGAAGAUCAUCAUGUGGAUCUCCCAUGCGCAACGACCGCUGACAGUCAAAGACUUACAAUCCAUCUUGACUUUGCAGGAAGAAGACACGGAAUUGGAUUUUGAUGAUCUGAUACCCGAGGAGCUUCUGAUUUCCACUUGCGCUGGUCUUGUCAGAGUUGAAAACAUCUCGGGGAGAAUUGGAUUCGUGCACUCGACCACACAGGAGUUUGUGGAUUCCACCAAAUCAACGAGGUUCCCAGGUGCGGAUUUGACGAUAACAAAUUCCUGCAUACAAUACCUCUCAUUGCCAGUGUUCUGCAGAGAAACCAAAGAGAUCCACACGACCUCUUUCGCAAAGACUGUUGCUCGGUACCCGUUCCUCGAGUAUGCGGCACUGUUUUGGGGGAUUCACGCAGGGCACGCUGAUAGUGCGACGGCCAGAUCCUUAAUUCAGAAAUCUGUCAGAAAUUUCUUCAACCUCCGGUUGCAGUCUGCGUUUGCAGUUCGCACCCUGCUGUGCAGUGUAGCAGGAGUUGAUGGCGCUGAGAUGGGAGACAGUCUGGCUCGACACGACCGAUCGGUCAAACUCCUCAACAUGAUGGCCUACUUUGGGCUAGACUUUUUUGUCGCCGAGCUGAUCUCCGAUAGACCAGAAGCUAUCAAGGAAUCAUUCGACGAUUUCGUCGGCAAUGUUCUCCAUUGGGCAGCCCUGGGCCAGCACGCCACAACAUUGAGACUCCUUCUAGGCCAUGCCUCCGCUGGCGAUGUGUUGAAUCAAAAGGGGUUCAAUCAGUUUACGCCGCUUCAUCUGGCUCUAGUUCAAAGACGAGACCUCUCCGCCGAGAUAAUCCUGGAUUAUGGGCCUGAUGUCCAGGCGACGGCUCAUUUCGAACAUACAGCCUUAUUGAUCGCGGCUCUCACCGGAAACAGUGGCAUUAUUCCCAAGCUUCUCGCGGCAGACAAAAAUAAGAAAACCCUACUAAUGCAAGGACAUGGAUCAACCACUCCAUUCCGCGCGGCUGCCAUGUGGGGACACAAGGAUGUGAUGGUUGAGUUACUCCGAGCCUCGGAAGGCUGUGAGAUCAGUGAAGAUUUGCGCGAGCUGAGAGAUGACUUUUGGAGAAAUCCCAUGCACCAAGCAGCGGAAGGAGGUCAUUUGAGUAUUUGCGAAGUUCUUCUUCAGUCCAAGUAUGGUGUGCAGCUUGCGACAGCUGAAGACGGGUGGUCGAUGAUUCCAAUGGAGUUAGCACUGUUGCACGGUCACGUCGAGCUGACCGAGCUUUUCCUGAACUGGGACGACCGCAAGUUGCUUGCCAGUGAGCCCGGUACUGUUGCAGCGGCUUUGACUAUGGCCGCGCAUUUCGGACAGCCUAUGGUUGCAGAUAUGCUGCUAGCCCGCCACCCGGAAGCUUGUGCUUCGGAUUUCCAGAAUUUCACCCCUCUCCAUCAUGCGGCCUACAGUGGCUCGGUUGAGACGGUGAAGGUCAUUCUCAGUUACCCUGCCGGGAUUACAACCUUGGAGGCGCGGGACAAGUUCGGAAGAACGCCUCUUGUAGGAGCUGCCUGGCGGGGACAGGCAGAGACCGUGGAAUACCUCAUCCAGAAGGGUGCUGAUGUCAAUGCUAAAGAUGAUAAGGAAAUGACUGCACUGCAUGUCUCCUGUGAAAGAAAUCUUGACCAAGUGGUGGAGAUACUCCUCCGAAACGGGUCUGGCAUUGACAUCGAAGCAAAAACAUCAGAAGGGAAGACCGCCCUUGCGCUUGCGAUCGAUGCCGGAGUAACAGAGGCGAUCAAGCUCCUGAAAGCGAUGGGAGCGAGCAUUCCCGAGGAUGUGGACAUGUCUGACACUUCCGAAACAGUGGGACAUUACUCCCCGGAGAAGCCAAUUGACCAAUUCCGAGCAUACUUUUAUCUCAAGCGGGCCUCAGGGGAUAAGCUCCCCCAGCCCCUGAUCUCGAACAUCCUCGAUCUCGCCCAGUACUGGAUGGUCAACAAAACCGAGCGCUACGAGGCAAAACAAGCCACCAAUUUCGACGGUGACACAUUGGUCUACCUACGAAGUCCCCCAAUCCAAGGAAACCUCCACCACCCCGUCAGGCGAAUCGAGUAUGAGAUCGUCAGCCACGAUCAGGGAUACAGUGGCGACUACCACGUGCAUGGGACAUACGAAUGCUCUCACACAUGGUUUGACGCUAGUCGCGAGUGUAGCCCCGGCCCCUUCCAGGGCUCGGCUAGCCGAAUUUUGGGGCCGAUAAUAUCACGGAACGUCCAUGCCCGGAGCAACUGGCACACUCAUCGUAUAACAUGGUGCUGUGUAACUGGCUCACGAACAGUACGCGUGCGUACCGAUGACGAAACGAAUGAAGAGAUCGAGGAGGCUGUGACGACGGUCCAGUCCGAUCAUAGGAACCCGAGGCCCGAGCCGGUCAAAUGGAUCUUGGAGAUCAAUCCUGGCGAGCGACUCCUUAUGACCGCCAUGGCCCAGUUUCCGGGUUGGGCUAAUUUUGUCAAACGCGCCAAAGUUGUUGUUUAUACAAGUUGUCUUAAAUCUCGUGGUUCUUGA